GCCGAAUUUUCAGGUUCCGUAGAUGCGACGUCACACUCUCGUCUCGCGAGACUGUCAAACUCUGCGCCGGUGAGCCGGAAGGAACCGAGGAGUUGGGCAUUUAAACGACGAUUCGGGACUUCGUGCUGUGUAAUGAAAAGUGGGACGGUUAGGAGGAGCUGUUUUUAGUUUUGAAUCACAAUGCAUGGACGCAUUAAAGUAAAGACUAGCUUGGAGCAGCAAGAAGCAAAGCGGAAAGAGAGAGAAAAGAAGCUUCAGCUGUAUGUGAGCGCAACACAAGCGGCUUUGCAAAAGCGAGAAAAUGGGCAACUUGAUAAAGAAGCUCUUGAUCUGACUGCCCAGAUAUUGUCCCUGAACCCAGAUUUUGCUUCUCUAUGGAACCUGAGAAGGGAAGUAUUUCUGCAGCUUCAGACUGAUCGUUCAGAUGAAGAAAUGCAGUCUGUUUGUUCGGGAGAGCUCACCUUCCUUGAGAACUGCCUUCGUGUAAGUCCAAAGUCAUAUGGUACCUGGUACCACCGAUGUUGGAUUAUGAAGAUCAUGCCUAAACCAGAUUGGGAACGGGAACUGGCACUCUGUAACCGCUUUCUUGAGAUUGAUGAACGGAACUUUCAUUGUUGGGAUUACCGAAGAUUUGUCACACAGUCCUCAUUUGUUCCACUCCCUGAAGAGCUUGAAUUUACCACUUCUCUAAUUAGCAAAAACUUUUCCAACUAUUCUUCCUGGCAUUAUCGUAGCAAACUAUUGCCACAGAUCCACCCAGACCAACUCAGAAUUGGUAGAGUGACAGAAGAGGCCCUACUAAAUGAACUAGAACUUGUACAGAAUGCAUUCUUUACUGACCCAAAUGACCAGAGUGCUUGGUUCUAUCAUCGCUGGCUUCUUGGACGAGCGGAUCACCCUCUUCAAAUUCGAUGUGUUAUGGUCAGUUUGGAUGAAGCAUGUGUGUCAGUAACUUUCUCUCAACCAGUUGCAGUGCAGGAGGAUUUAAUUCUCUUUCUUAAUGAUAAACCCAUUUUUGUGUCAUGGAACACUGCUGGCAGAAAAGAAAAAAGAAGUUUAUUUUGGGUGUGUGAACUCCCCAAGGAAUGUAUUAAUGACCCUUGUUGCCAGUACAAAUUCCAGGUCCUUUGGAAAGAUGGAGAAGCAAAGAAGGAAUGCAUCCUUUAUCCAGGAAGACGAGAAACCUGGUGUCGUGAUUCUGCUACAGAAAAUGAAUUCUUCAGUUUGGAUCUGUCAGAGGGAAAAAGCAAUGUCUUGCAACAGGAGCUAAAAUCUUGCAAGGAGCUUCAGGAAUUGGAACCUGACAACAAGUGGUGCCUGCUGACUAUUAUUCUUCUAAUGCGAGCUCUGGAUCCCCUAGUCUAUGAAAAGGAAUCACUUGGCUACUUUGAAACACUGAAGGUUGUUGACCCUAUGCGUUCUGGUUAUUAUGAUGAUCUGCGCAGCAGAUUCCAAAUGGAAAAUGCCAUAUUGAAAAUGGAGUAUGCGGAGUCAUUCAUUAUUGAUCUCUCAAAGAAGGAUCUUACAAGAUUAUGUCACUUGGAGCAUCUGGGAGAAGUCACUCACAUGAAUCUCUCGGCUAAUCGGCUCUGUGUUCUUCCUAGUAACUUGUUCAUGUUACGACGCCUUCAGGUGCUUGAAGUCGAUAAUAAUGAAGUUGUACGUCUAGAAGGUUUGUGGAACUUGCCGCAACUGGAAGAGUUAUCAUUGCAGUGCAACAAAAUAAAGAAUGUGUCUGAUCUCCAACCACUUUCCAGCUGUCCUCACCUGUCAGUGCUCCAUCUACAAGGUAAUCCACUGUGUGAGAAGGCAGAUGCACGGACUGAGUUGGAAGCCCUUCUUCCUCAAGUGAAAACAAUCCAUUUGUCUCUUAUUUAAUAUAUGAAAUUCUAAGGUGAUCAUGUCAAAAAUUCAACAAAACCAUAAGUAGGAAAGGCUUUGUCCAGUUUUAUUUUAUUAAGAUUCAGUUCAAAAAUGUGUACAAAUAUUCUGUAAUCUGCUCUACUGUUUUAACUUUUAGAGGCCCAUUUAUCAAAGGUCGAAUUUCGAAUUCAUGUGAGUUUUUUUAAUUCGAAUAUUCCCACAAUUCGCCUGGGAGGUUAUUUAACAAAAGAUUUGAAUGUCGAAUAUUCGAUCGGAUGGUUCAGACCCAAUAAUUCUAAUCAAAUUCAAUUCUUACGAAUCGAGUUUUUCUCCGAAAAAAAUACUCGAAUGUCAGGAAGGUUAGUAACAUCUCCAAAUGGUUCAACGGACCUGUGCCAUUGACUUGUAAAUGAACUCGGCAGGUUUUAGGUGGCAAAUAUUCAAAUUAGGACUUUCCAUCGUUGAGGUGUGAUAAAUCUUACAUUCAAAUUUACAUUUGAUUAAAGGGAUUAAAAUUGAAGUGUGUGAAUUUUGAAACUCGAAAAUUCGAAUUUACUAUUCCACCCUUGAUAAAUCUGCCCCUUCACUGUUAACUCACCUUGUAUUUAUAAAAAUGUUUUUUUUAUUUCGGUAUUGUAUUUAUGCUUUAACCAACUGUGAUCUGAGAAAUCUUAGGGAUCUUGAAAAAUUUAAUUAAAUUAUGAAUGUAACCAUGUCCCAUUAUCUUGCCUUUUAAAUUAUUGAGCAAACUCUCUUUGGCCAGGUAGAAAUCCCAGAAUGAAACGCUAGGCCAAGCCUUUUAAUAAAGUGUGCCAAGGACAAUCUGACCUAACACUUA